AUUUUAUCUCCCGGUCCUUUAUUUGGCUGGGUUCAUGAUUCCAUUCAUCUUAUCUGUUUGUGAUCAACAAUAAAUCGACGUCAGGAUUACCUAGGCAUGCAACAUCGAAUAGCCUCAGCGUGCUUACUGGUGAUUCUGCUGGCAAAAGCUGAUGGUCUUCGGUGCUACAGCUGCAAUCUGAUUGGCGAUCCCCUGAAAUGCCAGACUACUGAGAUAUGUGGCGACCACAAGAUCUGCGUCGUUACGGAAACUAUUGACAGUGCCUUUAAUCUUACUUACAGACUAGGAUGUGAAAACGAACAGGAUUGUUCAGACAUUGCUCGGCGAUCCUCUGACGUCAGGAGAAGUCUAACGGAACAGUGUUGUCGGGAGGAUCUUUGUAACCGUGGAUACCCGAGGUCCCUGACCGCUAGACCAACCACACCCUCACCGACAACGGUCACUACCCGUCCUACCCAUGUGAUUACCACCCCAUCAACAGACCACACAACAAGACAUCAACACCACGUGCCCACUUCGUCUCUUCAUUUGUCAAGCAUUGCAGAAAGGUGCCCUCAUGGUCACUCGUUGGACGGCUAUUGUUACGUUGGUUCCAUACAGUACGGCCAUCAGUGGAGCAAAGUCAAUCGACACACAGCUGACACGUACUGCAGGAAUCACAACAUGACAUUAACAAGCAUUCAUUCGAAGGAUGAAGAAAUGUUCCUUACUAGGUUAAUGCAGGGAAAUCCUUUUUGGCUUGGUAUAAAGGACAUUCACUGGGACGACGGAACUAACUUUAAUUUCAACAGAUGGGAUUCCAGAAACUACCACUCGUCAACCAAUAGAAACUGUGUUGUUGUUGUUGUCUCUGGAGAAGACCACAUGUGGCGGACAGAAUCAUGCGACCAACAUCACUACUUCGUUUGUAAAAGAAAAAUGCAAAUACAUGUAGCUUCUCAAAAAUAAAGAGACGCCCGACCGAUUGAAAUGUAACCGAAAAAAUCAAGACACAGAUUUAAAAGACUUUUGUAUUUAUGUGAAGUUUUGUAUACGUAAUAAACGUUAAACAGUUA